GGACAAUGUGCAAAAGCUCUGGUUAAAAAAUGACAAGGAAUUUGUCUACAGGAAUCUCAAACAGAACAUACCAGUUUUGCUGUCUCUAUCCAGAUAUUUAAGAAGUGGAGCAAGGGAUUCACUCGAUCAUCCUUCCCGCUCAGACUGUGGGGAGGGAUUCACUCGAUCAUCAUUCCCGCUCAGACUGUGGGGAGGGAUUCACUCGGUCAUCCUUCCCACUCAGACUGUGGGGAGGGAUUCACUCGAUCAUCUGACCAACUGGCAUGCCUGUUAUUUUGCAGAGGGUAGAUGCCAUUCAUCUGCUCAGACAGUGGCAAUGGAUUCACGCGGAAAUUUCAACUGAAGGUGCAUCAGCAAGUUCACACUAGGACAAGGCCAUUCACCUAUUCUGUGUGUGAGAAGGGAUUUAGUCAGCGUUCCCACCUGUGGACACACCAGUCAGUUCACACUGGGCAGAAGUUGCUCAUCUGUUGAAUUUGUGGGGAAAGAUUCACUCGGUCAUCUGACAUAAUGGCUCAACAGCGAGUUGACACUGGGGAGCAGCCGUUCACCUGCUCAGACUGUGGGAAGGGAUUCACGUUGUCAGCUCAUCUGCAAGCACACCAGUCAUUUCACACUGGGGAGAGGUCACUCACCUGCUCAGACUGUGGGAAAAGAUUCACUUCAUCAUCUCAACUUAAGAUACAUCAGCGAGUUCACACUGGGGAGAGGCCGUUCACUUGCUCAGUCUGUGGGAAGAGAUUCACUCGGUCAUCUGACCUAAUGUCUCACCAGCGAGUUCACACUGGGGAGAGGCCGUUCACCUGCUUGGACUGUGGGAAAGGAUUCACUCAGUCAUCAGCACUGAAGGUACACCAGCGAGUUCACACUGGGGAGCGGCCGUUCACCUGUUCGGACUGCGGGAAGGGAUUCAGUUGCUCAUCUAAACUGAAGGUACAUCAACGAGUUCACACUGGAGAGACGCCAUUCACGUGCUCAGACUGUGGGAAGCAAUUCACUCGGUCAUCUCACCUAAUGUCUCACCCGCGAGUUCACACUGGGGAGAGGCCAUUCACCUGCUCAUACUGUGGGGAAUCAUUCACUUGGUCAUCUGACCUAAUGUCUCACCAGCGAGUUCACACUGGAGAGAGGCCGUUCACUUGCUCAGACUGUGGGAAGGGAUUCACUCAGUCAUCUCAACUGAAGAUACAUCAGAGAGUUCGCACUGGAGAGAGGCCAUUCACAUGUUCAGACUGUGGGAAAGGAUUCACUCGGUCAUCUAAACUGAAGGUACAUCAGAGAGUUCACACUGGAGAGAGGCCGUACACAUGCUCAGACUGUGGGAAAGGAUUCACACAGUCAUCCUCCCUAAUUGCACACCAGCGAGUACACACUGGAGAGCGGCCGUUCACCUGCUUGGACUGUGGGAAGAGAUUCACUCGGUCAUCCCAUCUGAAGAUACAUCAGCGAGUUCACACUGGAGAGAGGCCGUUCACCUGCUCAGACUGUGGGAAGGGAUUCACUCGGUCAUCUCAACUACGGAGACACCAGCGAGUUCACACUAGGUAGAGUCUGAUCACCUGCACAGACUUUGGGAAGAGAUUCUCUCAGCCAGAUCAACCAACUGUGCAUCAUUGAGUUCACACUGGGGAGAGGCUGUUCACUUGCUGUUAAUGUGGGAAGCGAUUCACUCAGCCAGCUAACCUUAUGUUAACUCACUUUGGCUGGCAACUUAAGUUUGGAGUUGAUAGUCCCCAGCCCGGCCAAACUUAAGAAAUCUUGUUUGCG